AGUUUUAAACUCAGCGUUACUGUGCAUUUUUGCUUUUUCGUACAUCACUUAUUUGGCGUAACUGCGACUUCUACCUAUAUAUUCACUUGUUAGUGGUAAGUGAUGAGUUGUCCGACUUGUGAAAACCCCCAUCUUGUUGAAGAUGAAAAUACUGGACAGCUGAUUUGUACAGAAUGUGGAACUGCUACAGGUAUUUUCAGAGGAGUGACCCAGUCUCAAGAUUUCUGUGAAACCCGUGGAUUGCGAGUAAUUCAGAAGUCUGAAAUUCUAAUCAAACAACUCAAUUCGACUAAUGCAGAUAACCUGGAAACUAUGAGAUUAGGAAAAGUGGAACCAGAUAGUACAUUUGGUCAAACAACAACCUCAAUUUUUCGAGACAGAAUGUUGGAUACAUCUGGUGAUAUGUUCACUUCAGAUGAUAUGAUUUUCAGCAAUAUAACCGAAAAAGAUAAAUUCACAGGAAAAAAUCGUCCAUGGCGCCUAUCUGAGCCUUUUACAUUCAUAAUGAAAUGUCAAGCAAUUAGUUUAGUCAAGGAAUUAAAUCUGUCUGUUGAAGAAAAAGCGUCAUUUUGUAACACCGUUUUGAAUAUAUGGCGUCAUUAUUUGGCUAUAACAGGAGAACUUGGUUCUGAUGUUUGGCUAGAUGCAGCUUGUCUGUUAAUGAAACCGACUAGUGAAGUAUUUAGAAGCCGGAAGCCAAUAGUGAAAGGAGAGAAAAGAUCUGUUAAUGUUCACUUGCGGAGAUGCAAAGAAUCUCAUAAAUUCGCAAAGACCGCUGAUGCAAAGACCACUAAUCAUUACAAAGAUGAAUGGGAGUUUAUUGUAACCUGUCUGCGUCAGUUUCAUUGGCUUGGUUGGAGUACGUUAUAUGAACCAGAUGAAGGUCGUGAAAUCGUUAAUGUUUUGCAUAUGUCUCAGAAAAAGAAACCCAAGAAAACUAAAGCAACUGGUGAAAAAACUAAGCUUGUAAAGUGCCGACGUAAACGUAAACGAGGAAGUGAAUGUGACUCAUUCGAAUCAGACUGUGAUUCCGUCGAAGAGCAUCUCAAAGGUCACGUCGAUUCGGAAUCUCAACAUAAUGAACAACUGAGUAAUUGUACAGGAACUUCAGAAAUGCCUAACCCAGUUGACUCUGAUCUAUCCAAAACCACAGAGACCGACCAAUUUUCUGUCUGGGGUUAUGGAAACGACAACCAGAAUGCGUUAUCAUCAUACUUUACGAAAAAAUUAUCCCAGUCACAGAGUAUGACCAAUUUAUUUUGGCGUGGUCAAAUUGAAGGUGGUUUCAACUGUCGUGCGCUGAUGGAGCAUAAUAUAUCUGUUUUAUUUAUUGCUUGUCUAACCAUGAGUCCUGUAAGGAAAGCAUUUAAUCCAUUACUUUUAUCAAGUUUUAUAAAUUGUGAUUUCCCAAACAUCCCAUGUGCACUUACCACAAUGAUCACUUUGAAAGACCUACGAGACUUAUGUAUCAGUCAUCGUUUGCCUUUCACAUCUGUUGAAAGUUUAUUCCCCCCAGGUGCGUACUGUAUACGUGAUCAAAGUCUGCUAAGCCUGAUUAGACGUCCUCGACCUCCAGAAAUCGAUCACCUAACAUAUGCAACUGUACGAAUGCGUGAAUUUAUUGGAUUAAAUCAAUUUCCAAAAUAUCCACUGAAUUGGCUGAUACAUCGUCAUAUAACUGCUUUAGGUCUUCCAGAGGUUAUGCAUACAUUUGUAAAACCUCUGUUAAAGAAGUUACAAGGACAAUGUAUUACUAUUAGUCAGACUAUACAACGUCAUUUAUUACACUUGAUCCCAUGGCCGCGAGUUGUUCGGCCGGAAGUGUUUGCAAUGGCAUUUGUUGUUAUAUUGUUGCGUCUUGUGUUCAAGCUCAAUGAUGUUUUUGAGCAUCGACUUAGUUCUGUUGCCAAGGCUUUACAAUCUUUUGCAGAUCUUCCAGUUGAAAGCGCUCAAACAUCUGAUAUUUCGUUAUAUGAUCGACCUUUCGUCUGGAUUUUGUGGGUACAGUACAUUGAUUCAAGAUUUUAUCCAUCUCAUAAAAUUUAUGCAGUUUCAUCGAAAGGUGAUAAAAUUUCGUAUAGUAAUGCUAAAAUACAUGAUUCUAACCAACCUCUUAUCAUGACUGUUCGUAGGGAUAUUGAUCUGCUCAAUUCAGAAAAAACUCUUGAUUUAUUAGGUUCGACUGAAUUCAAAGUUGGUUGUGACGUCGGUUGGGGUGAGACAGGUGUAAAGAAGAUCAAUUUAGCUCAACUGUACAAUCGUAUAUAUAUGGUAUUUGGAAAAAAUUAUAUCCUGUGAGGAAAACUAAACACUAGCAUCGGAUGUACUGAAGAGUCGUCUUACCAGAUCAAUCAAUAGGACUUUCUUCGCAGCAAGACUCCAGUUGACUUUUACCAGCCACAACGUAUUCUCCACCUGCGUCAAAGACAAGCUUCCUCGUUUGGCCGCCUCUAUGUGCAUCUACCAGUUCACCUGCUCCUGUGGAGCAAGGUACAUCGGCCGUAGCCAGAGAAUGCUUUCUACACGUAUACGAGAACAUGUUCCUGCUUGGUUUUAUAAAGGUGAAAGAAAGUCUGUUAGAAGUUCGAUUCUAGAACAUUUGAUUGACUUCCAUCACACAACAAAUCCAGACGAUGACUUUGAAAUUAUUUAUCGAAUUCGCCCAGACCUCCCACGUUCUCUUCGUUUUCAACUCCUUAAAACAGCGGAGGCUUUAGCUAUUCAUGAACUAAGACCUGAUCUGUGUGUACAAAAGAAGUAUGUGCAGUCACUGUCUUUAUCAUGGCCAUAACAUUUUCCCACCCCAUUAGCUCCCCCUCCCACUUUGUUAAUUUAACCUUUGUAUCCUUCCUUUAUCACUAUUAUUGUUAUUAUAAUCGCCUUCACUUCAACUAGUUUCCGGUGUUAUUUCACUUAAUUGUCUUAAUCCUUUUAGAAAACAUUGACUUCAUCUUGUCCAAUUUGUCUAAUGCCAUUACAUAAUACUUAAUUGAUUUACCAUUUUCAAUAAUUUUUUCACCCCCUUCUGAGUUAUAUACUCUCUAUGUACCAUUCCAUAUAUUACAUAAUCUAUUUGUUAUCAUUCGCACUUCAAUUGUUAUUAUAAUCAUAAAUGCCUAUGUCAUCACCCGCUCUAUUAUUACUGUCAUCACCAUAUAGUGUUUAGUUUUCCUCACAGGAUAUAAUUUUUUCCAAAUACCAUAUAUAUACGAUUGUACAGCUUGAAAAUAAAUUCGUUGAAAAGAGUCUCUUCGCUGAAUAUCUUGUUCUUAAUAUCCAGAUUUGGCCAGGUUUGGAAAAUAAAAAUAAAAAGCCAAACAGCAUGUUGAUUAUAAAAACUUGAAGUAUUUCUAACUUGAUUAUCAAACAGUUGAUGUCAUGUGUAUCUCUCAUGACUGAACUUGUUCGUCAUUCUGCAGCAGAAGAUAAGCUUAUUGAAAUCCCAGUGGUGUUAAAGGCUAAUUUGUAUAGUUUUAUUGGAACGUCAUCACUUUAGAAAAACAACAGAACACAGGUAUUAAGUAACCGAAUAUUUUAUGAUACGUAUAUUGUCAACUGAUUAUAAAUCAUCACUUUCUUUAUUCAGGCCUCGGUCAAGACGUCUUUAUCGCAGCCACUGCGUAAUUUAUUCAGAUCUGAUGUAAAUGAUCCAGCCUCGAAUACUCAAAGUCAGUCUACACUCCAUUAUCAGAGGAAUAAUGACAAUUUUAUCUCUGAUUGUAGUGACAAUGGUAUAGAAUCUGACUCUAACAAGUUUGUCACAUGUUCACAAUAUGAACAAGAUGGUCUACUUAGUCCAUUCCGUAAAACACAACUAAACUAUUUAUACAAGAAAGAAAUCAAUUUCAGUGAAUAUAUUCCAACUUCGUCCAGCCAUAAUUCUAAAAUCAUUCAUUCUUAUGGAUUCGAUGAUUGUACUAUAAGAAAAUGGUGGUCAGACUUAUUAGAUCAACGAUAUGAUUACUUCUCAAUAUGUACCGGAGAAUGGUCUGUUAACUCUUCAAGUAGGUCUCAGUGGAAAAACCGUAACCGUAGCAAGAAGUCGGUUAUUUUACCGAAACCAGUUGAAGACUUCAUUGCUAAACAUGAUGAAAAUGCAUCCAAAGCACUUGAUAAUGGGGAUACAUCGUUUCUUUCCGAGCAACAUAAGAAUAGCUCAAAUAGUAAAGAUCUUGAAAAUUCAGAAAUGGAGAAGCGUUUUUGUCAUCACUGUUGUAAUCCAAGUAGAAGCCUAAAGUGGCUUGUCAACCUGUGUGCAAUGGUUUGUGGCGCAUCUAACAUCAAAAUAUUGCUUACUGAAGUUGAGUGUUUGGAGCGCUUGCUUAAAUGGAAUGCACAAAUGUUUUGUUCUGUGCCUACUUCAAGAAAUGAGACACGUCAUGUUGACUAUGCGGUCCUAUCAUUUUUUGAUCUAAGUUUAGAUGCUUAUGAGCCAAUAAAAGUCUUACAUUUGUAAUCCACUCAAGCAAUUGCACUCAUCUUGUACAAAGUGUGUAUAGAUUUCGUGGAUCAAUAUAUUCGAUACUGUGGUUCGUUUCCUUACCAUUUUGUACACCGAUUAUUUAUUGUCUGCUAUUCACCUAUUUUGUCUUCUUGUUGUGAUACUUGUUUGUUAGAUCCAUUUUAGGGUAUUAACGUUUUUACGACAGAUGUAUUAGUACUUACCACCCUGUGUUAUAGACCUCUAUAUUAGGUCUCAUUAUGGCUUAAGAGUGGAACCUAGAAUAUAUUGGAGUGUAACAUCAUAUCAAAUUUGUUUGUUUGACAUAGCAUACAAUCAUGCAACAUUUUAUGAAUGACAUUUUGGGCACAGUUUUUCAGAAGGUACCUUCCGAUUGUGAAACUCCCAAAGAAGGGAGAUCCGAGCCUUUGCAAGAAGUGGCGAGGCAUCAUGCUGCUGUCCACCCCAAGCAAAACAUUAUGCUGCAUCAUUCUAGAGAGGCUAAAACAUGAUUCAUGUUUAGUGUCGCACAAACUCGAAGAUCUACCGGCGAAAACUAACAAGUUGACAGA